AUGAAUACCUAAUAUUGCAUUUAAAUAUUGGUUUAGUUUACUGAAAUUUUUACAAUGGAUGUGGAGAUUAACAGUGAUGAAGAUGAAGUUGUAAUUCCAAAGUCUAUGUCAUCUCAAAAGAUGAUUGUACGGAAUGGGAUUGAACGUUGUGCCAAAAAUAAUGAUGUUGAAGUGUCAAAUAACCAUAGAAAUAAAGAAUCCAUAAUUGAAGAUAAAGAAAGAAAUAACGCGGUUGAAAAUUUGGAAGAUGUCUACAUUAUACCACCACCAUCUGGAAAUAAUGUUGAACUUGAGUUAUACAAUUUAGAUUCUAAAAAACUGAAGAUCAGUAAUUCAAUGUUGGAUCAAAAUAAUGACUUUCGUAUCAAUAAGUUUACUGCUUUUAGAAAAAACAAUUCUUUCCCUCUUUCUGCCGAUUCAAACGGACCUUUUGGACAGCUUAGUAAAUCGGAAAAUUUUCAAAUUCCAUUACAAAAUGGUGUAGUAAAAAGACUCUUACCCCCGAUUAAAGCCAAAGUAGCCAAUAAAAAGCACAGAACACUUUCAGACACUGAUAUUAUUUCUUAUGAUUUCGAAAGUAUGCCGAAUAAAUCACUAUCUACCAUCGACGGAUCACCUGCGAAAAGUUUAUCAAUAGAACAAACAGCAGAUGAAAUGGCUGUGAAGUUUCAAGUAGGAGGAUAUGAUGAUGAUGAUGAUGAGUUAUCUGAUCAAGAAACAUUUGAUACAAGUACAUCUUCUGACCAUGAAUCUGAGCAACAAUCUUCAACAUCUUCCUGUUCCGAAGAUGAAGAAGUAGAAAUGAACAACUUGAAUAUUUCUGAAAAUCUCCAAACAAAACUUCUCAAAGUUUUAAAAUUGGAAGAAAUAAGAAGCAAGAGCCCGACGGCAUCAGUUGCUUCAGCUCCAGUGUUCCCAAAUGAAAAACGACUUUCAUUAAGCGAUGACGAAGAUAACAUAAGUGUAGUGUCAGAUUCUAAGGUUAUCAGGAUACGCUCUGGAUCAAGUAAAAAUCGAGGAGGAGUGUCACGUAAUUUAUUGACCCCUGAGGAUCGAAAGUCGCGCAAAAAAUCAGCUUCUAGCGAUAUAGAAUUCAUGGCAAAACAAAAGGAUGCUGAUCUCUCACCACGCAGUGCUCUUGGUGAUGAAAUAUUGGAUUAUGAUGAUGAAAUAUCAGAAACACCCUCAACUAGAUCAACCGGAAUUUUACCUGCUUUAUCUUCACAUGGUGUGAGAGAAAGGAAUUUUCUUGUGGGAAAUUUAACGAAACAUGGAUCGCUACUUGGAGCUGACGAAUUGAACAGAUAUUUUCCUGAUCGUAUGCUGAGGUUGUUUGUUGGAACAUGGAAUAUGCAAAGAAAAGGCGUUCCAAGAAAUUUGAAUGAUUUUUUAUUACCUCAGCAUGAAGAAUAUUUACAAGAUAUGUAUGUUAUUGGAGUGCAGGAAGCCACACAAGAUUUAAAAAAGUGGGAAAUAAAAUUGCAAGAAACACUUGGUCCAAAUCAUGUGUUGGCACAUGCAGUAUCACACGGUGUUUUACAUAUGUCUAUAUUUAUAAGACGAGAUCUAAUAUGGUUUUGUUCACCAUUCGAAGAAGAUCGUGUGACAACAAGAAUGGUUUCACAAAUCAAAACGAAAGGAGCGGUUGCAAUAUCCUUUCAAUUUUUCGGUACAUCAAUGAUAUUUAUAACAUCACACUUUCAUUCUGGUGAAACGAGGGUAAAAGAACGCAUCGAAGAUUAUAAUAGAAUAAAAGAAAGAAUUAAAUUACCUAGAAAAUUAAAAUGGGAUACUUAUAAAAGUUCACAAGAUGACGUUACAACAAGAUUUGAUUGUACGUUUUGGUUUGGAGAUUUGAAUUUUCGAGUCAGUCAACCUCAUGAAAUAAUGCACCAAGAAGUUAACAAUCCAGAUAAUUAUAAUUUCAAAGAAGUUCUAAAAGGAGAUCAACUCAUUGCAACAAAGAAGAGAGGUAAAAUAUUUCAUGAAUUCACUGAAGCAAAGAUAACAUUUCUUCCAACGUAUAAAUUUAAUCCUGGAACUGAUAAAUAUGACACAUCACCCAAGUUACGAGUUCCUUCAUAUACUGAUCGUAUUUUAUUCAAGUGUAAAGAACAUACAGUUGUUAACUGUGGAAAAUAUGACAGUGUUACUACGUUGAGGAAAUCUGACCAUCGACCAGUUUAUGGACUGUUUGAAGUUUGUUUAAAACCAGGAAGAGACAGUAUUCCAUUUGGAGGAGGAAAAUUCAGAAAUGAUGUUUAUGAAAAAGCUGCAAGACUACGAGCAAAACAAGGAAAUUAUCAAAAUAGCAGUGCUGUGUGUUCGAUACUUUAAUAACACUUUUUAUCAGAUUUGGUUUAGUUAACUAAGUUAGCAAUAAUGCUGCAUAUCAAAAGUUGUGUAAUCAACAGAAGCCAAAUUUUGGAAAGUACUACUUUGGUUAUGUUAUGAAAAUUAUCUGUUUGUUUUUCUGUUGCGCACAAGAUGUGUGAUAGCGCGCUGAAAUCCUAGUUUUAUUUAUAUACAUUAAAAAAAUGAAUUGAAAUCAAGGAUUAUUAUUUAUCUAGCCUGUAGAACUAAGAUCAAUUCAGAUUCUCUAUCUCGUUCAAUCUAUUUGAGUAAUAAGUUUUUUGAUAUUAAUGAUUCCUGUGAUUUUUUACUCUGCUUCAAGACUCUUCAUUUGAUUAUUUUUUUCCUAUUACAUUCCAAAUAAUUGACACCAAAUCAAAAGUUUCGAUUUAGACUCUGGUUAUCGCUUAAAUUGACAAAUCAUACAUGGCCUAAAGAAGCAAACUAAUGAUGAUUCAUAUCUAAUCGAUGUUCUGCCAAAGAAUUCAAGUUGAAUAGUAGCAUAGGAUAGAGCAAUGUGAUUAACAAAUAAGCUUAAGUGAAAUAAUUUGCAUAAUAAAUAUAUUUGGUAUCCUUUGCUUAUUUUAUUUAGUGGAAUAACGACAAAACGGGUAGAGACUGAUCAAGUAAUUGGACGAGACAAUGAUAAUGUCAAGUCAAUCUAAGGGGUAGAAUUUUUUUUGAUAACACCUCAACCAAGGAUUUUUGCUUAGAUAUACCAACUUACUGUAUUUUUAAGUUCAAAAACUCUUCAUCUAUGGGUAUUUUCUGUUUGGGUAGUAGUUUUAUACAAUAUGCCCCUAUUUUGUACUCGUUGUCAUAUUUUUUUUUGGUAUGAUAUUUUAAUUAUCGAUUUGUUCAUCUUCAAAUACUGUUUUUGUUUAGUUUGGUGUAUCGAAAUUAUAAGACAAGAUGACUGCAUAUGGGUCGCGCUAUUUCAAGUGGUGUAAUAUAAUUAAACUAAUUAACCAAAUUCAUCUUUUGGAUAGGAAAUUCAUCUCGAUUGAUUGUUCAAAAUCAUGGAAUUGAAAUCAAUUUAAUUUGACCAUGGAUCCCUAAUCUGGCUCUCUUUGUUAUGGAACCGUUUUUAUGUGCAAUACAGGUGCCAAUGUUGAUCAUCAAUUAGUUCUGUAUUAAUAUUACCACUGUUACUUGUGAUAUAUUUUUGCUUUUCAGUAUUGUUUCGAAGAUUUAGCACUACUUUUAUCCUGAUUUCUUUUUUGGUGCUACCUGCAUUUUCUGUCCUUGUUGUCAUAUUUUUUAUGCAUUUAUUGAUGGUUGCGUAAUAAACAUCGUUAUUUUUGCUA